CCCACCUGGUGGAACACUACGCUGUACUAUUAGGAAGGUUGAUUCAGAUCCAUUUACCUUUGUUACCUUUAUUACCCUAAGGGUAAGGCUCUAGGCUAAAAUCCGCGCCUUUUAAACUAUUUUAAUCCUGCGCGUGCCGCGGGAAACAACAUUCUAAGCAAAAACAAUGACCGAGAUAACUUCGGAUUCAUGUCCACCUCUUCGCCCCGUCCCUCGCCCGAAGCUUCCGAUAUAACAUGUAUCGCACCGGAGCCGUUCGAACCCGUACCGCUCAUUGCCGACAUCUUACGCACCGGCUAUUGCGUCCCGGGCUCCGUGUUCUUGGUUGAGGGCGUCGACUCCCUUCACACCUCGAAAUCUAAGAGAUGGCGCGCCGUGCGCUUGAUGCUGGGAGAUGGAGAGCUAUGCAUACAGGCCCUGCUGUCGGCUGAGAUGCAUAGGUACGUAGAUCAGGGUGAGGUCGCAUUCGGAUCUUAUGUUAAGCUGGAACGGUUCCGAAUCGAGUGGAAGAACGCUUCUAGUGAAGAUGGGGAGAAUCCAUCUACGGCCAAAGGAAAGGGGAAGGGGCGCGACGAUCGUGACCUAGGAGAUAAGAUGGUCUAUUUGGUAGUUGAGGACCUUGCUCUAGUCGGAUGGAACAACACCCUUAUCGACGCAACAGACGUUGUGGACACCGACGUAGGCGUCGACUCCCCAUCUGAAUCUCAGGAAAAGCCCGAGGCCAUACCUCAAUCAUCCAACGCAGCCAACCCAUCACCACCAAACCACGGCGCAUUAUCCUUCGACAGCGGCAUCGGCAUCCCGCAAGAAAUCAUCGACGCAGACGACGACUUCGAAGUGAUAGCCGACGCCUCUUCCAAAGCAACGCAAAACAGACAGGACAUCGCCAGCCGCUCCAAGGACCAAACACCACCACCACCACCACCAGCAACAGCGAGCUCCCUACCCUGGUCGAGCAAGGACCCAGACAAGCCGAUGAAACUAACAAAGCUGCGCGCGAUCCCCAACCUGCCGUACAAGCAGAACUGGAGCGUCAACGUGCUAGCCGUCGUGUCGGCGCUCUCCGACAUCGAGCCCUCGGGCCUGCCCCCCUACACGCAGCGGCAGGCGCGGCUCGCCGACCCGUCCACCGACAAGCACGUCCUGCUCACCGUCUUCCUCGACCCGGACCGGUUCGCGCCGCAGGUCGGCAGCGUCGUGCUGCUGCUCGGCGUCAAGAACCACCGCUUCGACGGCGGCAGCCUCAAGAAGUACGCGAGCGACCGCCCGCCCGACGGCCGGGCGUGGUGGUACGAGAACCCGGGCCAGCUUGGCUGGUGCGAUGUUGAGGGGUUGAGGAGGUGGUGGGAAGGGUGUCAGUUGCCUUGAUUGAUGAGGCUGGUGACAGUUAUGUCAGAUAGGCGCAUAUCGAGUGUUAGGUCAACGGCGACCUUGGAGCAUAGCUAAUCAUUAGCCCACGACAUUGGGUCCCACCCAAUUUGCCUUCUUUAUUAAAGUACAUUAAUAGGCCUAUAUGCUUUUUACUGAGGCAAUUGCGCAUGCCGAAUGUAGAAUACGAUGGCUUCAAGUCUAGGAGACGCCGGUGUUGCAAUAUGACUCGUAAUGCUUCACCAGUACUACAACUUGUAGUUUACUUCGCCCCCUAUUUUCAUCAUAUGGGAGAGAAGCGUCGGCGGCCACCGCACUUCCACACAUUUUAAUUUGCCUCCGACCUAUGAUUCCGCGGUACAAAUCCUCUCACUGAACUUGUACGCAUUGACUAGGUAUAUUUAGUAGGUAGAUCAUGCGUAAUGAAUAUUAAGUCAAAC